UCAACUUUGCAUGUAAAUGAUCUCUUCGUACACCUUUUUUACUUUCCUUUAGUUCGUCUUCUUCUUCUUCGCAUAUUCUUUUUGUGUAUUCAUGACGACUAAGGCGGAGCUCGGCCACGACGUCGCCAUGGUUUUGGUCUCUGUCAUCUUCGUCGCCUUCGCCCUUCGCCUCCACUUGUUCGUCGAUGCCUUCGCAGCAGAGGACGCAGAGUUGGUGAAUGCCAUAGCUGGGAAACUUCAGAGAGAACAAUGUGAUCUCUUCACGGGCAAGUGGAUUGCAAAUCCUGCAGGACCGGCUUAUACAAAUGCAAGUUGUGAAUUCAUCGACGCCCCUCGCGAUUGUACGACAAACGGGCGACCCGACACAGAGUAUCUUUACUGGAGAUGGAAGCCAUAUGGUUGCGAAUUACCUCUAUUUAAUGCAAACAAGUUCUUAAAUUCGAUGCGAAAUAAAUCGUGGGUAUUCAUCGGUGAUUCAAUCCUUCGCAACCAAUUAGCCUCAUUGCUUUGCCUUCUCUCUAAGGUCGAAGAAGUUGUUCGCGACGAAACAUAUAAAUCUAGCAUAUGGCACUUCCCUUCACACAACUUCACCCUAGCAGCAAUUUGGGCUCCUUUUCUACUCAAAGCUAGCGACAAAGUCGAUAACAUCACAGUCCAUCUCGACGUCCUUGAGAGUCGGUGGACGAGCCGAUACGAUGACUACGACUACAUAGUAAUUUCCGGUGGCCAUUGGUUCCUCAAAACAACUAUAUUCUACGAGAACGGUACAGCUAUCGGUUGCAAUUACUGUCCCGGAAUGAACUUACCUGAACUCCGUAGCGACUUCUCGUACCGAAAAGCCCUACAAUUGGCGUUUCGCUUCAUCCUUAGCUCGGAUCACAAGCCAAUUGUUCUCUUUAGGACUUGGACUCCGGACCACUUCAAGUUCGGGAGGUGGUACAGCGGAGGGGUUUGCAAUCGGACUAAACCUUACAAAGAAGGUGAGUUUAGUGAACAUGAUGCGGACCGGUUAAUGCGACAGGUCGAAAUCGAGGAGUUUGAGAAGGCGGUGGUGGUCGGGACACGAAACAGGACGCGGAUUCGGCUUUUGGACAUUUACCAUCUUUCUCUUUUAAGGCCUGACGGGCACCCGGGGCCGUAUCGGCGCUUUCAUCCGGAUUUGAGUAAGAGGACUCAAAAUGAUUGCUUACACUGGUGCUUGCCGGGGCCGGUCGAAGCUUGGAAUGAUAUUGUUAUGGAAAUGGUGUUAAAUGAGGGGGAUUUUAGGUAUUUUUCUUGAAUUUGAGUCUUCCAGUUGGUCUCUGGACUUGUAUGUUAUAUUUUCUCAAAUAAGGUAUACGCCUGUUCAAUCAAAAAAAUAAUAAUAAUAAAAAGAAAAAAAAGA